AUGGCAACCAUUGCGUCCCGCUCGACGAUGAGGGAGACCCGCAACAUCCUCGAGCAUAGGGACACUCAGGAUAACGAUGAGGUGGCUAUGGAGAUCCUGGACGGGAAGACGGUGCAGAGCUUCGUGGAGGACGAGUGCGCCUUCAACGCCUCCGUCGACGGCCGGUUCGCGGCGCUCGAUGCCAACCACGACGGUCUCCUCUCCUACACCGAGAUGGCCGGGGAGAUCAUGAGCCUCCGGGUCCUCGAGAAGCACUUCGGCGUCGACGAGGCCGGUGCCGUUGGUCCCGACGAGCUCGCAAAGCUCUACCUCGGCCUGUUCGCGCGCUUCGACCGUGACGGUGACGGCGCGGUGGACCGGGAGGAGUUCCGGGCCGAGAUGAAGGAGGUCAUGCUCGCCGUGGCCAGCGGGCUCGGGUUCGUGCCGGUGCAGAUGGUGGUCGAGGAGGGAAGCUUUCUCAAGGUGGCCGUGGACAGGGAGCUGGCCAGAGCUGCCUGA